AUGGAGAGCCUGGAAGAUACCUUGCGGGCUGCCAACAACAGCGCCCAUACCAUUGCUGGUGAUGCUCCAGUAGCUCAACAACCACUGGCGCGAUCGGAGGAGCUAAGCGCCGCAGUUUCUGAUCCUGUACUCGACAACAGCUACCAGCUACCAGAAACCACAAGUGAUCCAUCGAAUAUUCACCCAGCGUCGUCGAACACACCGCCCGAUCUCGAAGAUGAUGCCGUGUCUGAACCUUCCUUUCCGCAACUAUCUUACAACCCUGCGCUAUCUGCAGAGGAGAGACUGUCAGAUGAGGUGGGGGGCGUUGAUGAAGAACCAACGGCCCCUUCGUUCAAUCGGUCUGGUUCGCCCGUGAAUAGCACUCAAAAGAGCAAGGGAUCAUUCUAUGAGAAAGUCGGCGAGGAAGGCAUCGUGCGCAUGCACAAAUUCACGCUCUACGAAACGGCUACACGAUACUACUUGGUUGGGAUCGAUCAGCUAGAUACUCGCUACAGAGUCCUGAAGAUUGACCGGACAUCCGACUCGGAUGAUCUGAAUCUCGUGGAGGACGACAUCGUUUACAGCAAGCAUGAGAUGAACCAACUACUUGAAACGAUCGAGGAUGGCAACAAAAGCUCGGGCGGUCUGAAACUCAGGUGUAGCGCGUGGGCACUGCUUGGUUUCAUCAGGUUUACUUCGGCUUACUACAUGUUACUGGUUACGAAGAGAAGCUCUGUAGCUAACAUUGGCGGUCAUUUUAUUUAUCAGAUUGACGGCACGGAGCUGAUUCCACUCAUCACAACCGCAUCAUCUCGUGAACUCGAAAGAAAUCCUGAGGAAGCUCGUUACAUAGGGAUUCUGAAUAACCUCGACCUAUCCCGAUCGUUCUACUUCAGUAAUUCGUACGGUAUCACGCGCACACUACAGCGAAACAUCUCGCGAGAGCGUCAAUCUCUUCAGGAAGAUCCUGACAAGCCACCCGUAUACGAUCAUAAUUCUAUGUUUGUUUGGAACCAUCACUUGCUUAGUCCCGCUGUUGCCAACCUCAAAUCGGCCUAUGAUUGGUGCCUUCCUAUCAUACAUGGCUACGUCGACCAGUCGGUUCUCUCGGUUUAUGGACGAUCAGUGUAUAUCACUAUAAUUGCACGUCGAUCUAGGUUUUUUGCUGGAGCACGAUUUCUAAAACGCGGAGCCAACGACCUCGGUUAUGUUGCGAAUGAUGUCGAGACCGAGCAGAUCGUAUCGGAAAUGACGACCACUUCCUUUCAUUCACCUGGACCUAAGCUUUACGCAAACCCACGUUACACCUCAUACGUACAGCAUCGUGGGAGUAUUCCUUUAUAUUGGACUCAAGACAGCACUGGUGUCAGUCCAAAACCUGACAUUGAACUCAACCUUGUUGAUCCUUUUUACUCAGCAGCUGCAUUACAUUUCGAUAAUCUAUUCGAAAGGUAUGGGGCGCCGGUGUAUGUUCUGAAUUUGAUUAAAGCGAGGGAGCGAACUCCCAGAGAAUCAAAACUGCUCAAAGAGUUUACCAACGCUAUCAACUAUCUCAACCAAUUUUUACCGGAUGACAAGAAGAUAAUAUACAAGGCCUGGGAUAUGAGCCGUGCUUCCAAGAGUCGUGACCAAAAUGUCAUAGACACCUUGGAGAGCAUUGCCUCUGACGCUCUUCCUAUUACUGGAUUCUUCAAGAACGGGGAUGACAAGGAAUCGGGCCUGCAGCUGCAAGAUGGUGUUGUAAGAACAAAUUGCAUUGACUGUUUGGAUCGAACAAAUGCCGCUCAAUUCGUCCUCGGUAAAAAGGCACUAGGCUAUCAAUUACAUGCCCUCGGGGUCAUAGAAGGAACACAAAUUGAGUAUGACACUGAUGCGGUCAAUAUGUUUACAAAUAUGUGGCAUGACCAUGGAGACACCAUUGCCAUUCAAUAUGGUGGUUCGCAUUUGGUCAAUACCAUGGCGACGUACCGCAAAACAAAUCAAUGGACGAGUCAAUCUCGCGAUAUGGUUGAGAGUUUCAAGAGAUACUACAACAACUCUUUCCUAGAUGCCCAACGGCAAGAGGCAUACAAUCUCUUUCUUGGAAAUUAUAUCUUUAGUCAAGGCCAACCUAUGCUGUGGGACUUGACUACGGAUUACUAUCUUCAUCAUGUAGAUCCACGUACGUGGUCCAAAUUGAGACGCCCGAAUUAUAUCACUUGGUACACCCCAGAAUAUCUUGAAAGAGGCAAUGAAGACAGCAAAUGCCCCCCUCCUAUCGCUCCCAAAGACAAUCCUCUGUCAAAUUACGAUGACUAUUGGGUAGAAUACUACCGCCCAACCUCAGUGACGUCGUUUGGGAAGAUAUAUCCGUUAAGACUCAACUCGACGAUGAAAUAUCUUCCCUUCCGGUCUACUCAAGGUGGUCGUUAUGAUUUGAGCCCAUUUGUAGUCAGGCUUUCUCCGCACGAACCGGCAAGUCGGGAGCGGGCAGCUACUCAACAACGGCCAACAUCAUCACAUCAGAAAAAGGGAGUGACCAUCCAGGAGCCCGAGGUUUUGAGCGAUCAGUCCAGUGGAACUUUCCAUGGCGCGAAUGUUAUGGGACACAUCCAUACUUGGCAACAUCAACCACCAUCUGCAGUGAAGAUCCCUCCUUCAACGGGCAUUAUGAAAGGUGUUACAACUAAGACGUCUCCUGAUCAGAGUUCAGGCUUCCCAUCACUCGAAUCUUCUACAAAAGCGAGCAAUAAUGGGGCAGACGGUAGUCCAAGUAAAGCGCAAAUCACCCAGUGGACCCUCGGCCAGCUGGUGUCAGAUUCUUUGAGUCCAUCUGUCACCUCAGCUGAAGCGGAAGAAUAUGAAAGAUACAUCAACCAUCCACUCAAAGUACCGCUGGUUGUAACAUCAGACGAUGAUAUCGAAACAGUUCUGACGUUGCGAGAACAAGGCGCCAAUCUUGAGUUCUUAGAAUAUGUCAAUAAAGCUAAUGGUAUUAAUUCUGGCGGAAUGCGAGACACAUUUGUUGCCGAAGAAGAUCUCAAUGAUUACACUGAGUUUCUGAGCGUGAAUGAGGAAGGAUUGACAGUGGUAGCUGAGGACUAUGAUAAGAAAAGAUACAAGAGGUACAGACAGUGGCUGAAGGGGAAGAGUCUAUUCAAACAGAGGGUAGAUCCGUGA